AUAUAUAACAGUUCAUCAUCAUAACUAUUCAAACACACUUAGUAUCAGAGAUCCAGACAAUAAUUAUAAUAAUAGGCCUAAUAAUAAUAUUAUAUAUAAUAAUAAUAAUAGUAAUAACAGUAAUAACAAUAGGGUAUUGUAACAAAGGGUAUGCAGAAAGUGGUCAUACCCGUCGUGUAUGUCACCAUGGUCAGCCUGUAACUUGCUGGUCAUGCAAUUCAGUGGGACACAAGUCUAAAUUCUGCGAGAUACAACAAUGAAAAGAGGGCGAGGAAGCUGAUGCCGAAUUGACACUUAACGAUAAUGAGGAAUCCUUCCACUUGGAAAUGCUAUUUACUUUGGACACUUUAAAUACUAAGGACAAACACUCAACAAAUAUCAACGGAAAAAAUGAUGAGCUAUCCAAAACUUCACUAAGUACUUCUAACAUUUUUUCAGAAAACCAUAAGAUUUUUAUGAACAAAGGGUUAAGUAUAAUUGGACUUAAUAUUGUGACACUUCUGGGUAAAAUUGAUGAACUUAAACAUCUUCUUUUAAACAAUACAAUAGAUAUAGUUGCUUUGAAUGAAACCCGCCUAAAUAAUUCAAUCACGGAUAAUAUUCAAAACAUUAAUGGAUAUGAUAUUUACAGAAAAGAUAGAAACAGAGAGGGAGGGGGAGUUGCCUUUUUUGUAAAUAAUAAUGGGGGUUUUACUCACUCUGUUAGAUAUGACCUAAUGCACAAUGAACUAGAAAUGAUUAUACUUGAAAUUAAAAAACCCCAAAAUAAGCCCAUUUUGAUUAUAGCCUGGUACCGCCCUCCAAAUUCAGAACUCAAAUUAUUUGAAUAUGUCGAACAUGUGCUUGAAAAUAUUGAAUGUGGAAACAGAGAAAUUAUAAUGAUUGGCGAUAUGAAUUGUGAUAUACUAUCAGCCAAUCCAACAUGUUACACUCAAAGAAUUAAUGAAAUUGCUAAAAAUUUCCAUUUAAAACAGUUAAUUUCAGAACCGACAAGAAUAACUAAAAAUAGCAGAACUAUCAUUGACCACAUUUAUUCUUCAUUUCCUGAAAAAAUAUCAACUUCUGGUGUUCUGCAUACGGGAAUGAGCGAUCAUUCCAUUAUAUAUGCAAUAAUUGGGAAAGAAGAAAAAAUUAAACAUAACCAUAAAUUUAGAAUUAGUAGAACAUAUAAACACUUUGAUGAAAACCAGUUUAAGUCAGAUAUGGAAAAUGUACCCUGGCAUGAAAUUACUAUUUAUUCUAAUGUUGACGAUGCACUAGAUGAUUUUGAAAAUAAAUUUCUAACAAUAGCAAAUUUACAUGCACCUUCAAAGAAAAAAAGAGUAAGGCAUAAAAAUAGCCCCUGGUUAACUAAAGAAGUAUUACAGCUUAUGCAUGAGCGUGAUAGGACUAAGAAAAGAGCAAGUAAAGAAGAAUCAUCUCAAAUAUGGGAUGAUGGCCCAGGAAUAUGUUUAUAA